GUUCGAAAUUGGGGGAAAGAAGAUGAAAAUGGAGGAACUGCCGCUGUAAAUUUUGACUGGCUGUUUCUACUUCGUAGACCCUCUUAUCCAAACAACGAUCUCCGACCCUUUUCCGUUUCCUGAGUUCCUCUCAAGACUAUAUAAUCCAAAACCUGUUGCCCCUUUCUCUAAUUCGAAGAUUUUCAAGCUUCAAUUUCAGAUAAAAAUGGCGAUGUCGUCAUUGUCACCUGCUACAUCAUCUGUGCGUUCCAUUUGCCAACAACCCAGAAUUACCGCCAAACUGCGAACCCCCCCAAAAUCACUCCUCUCUCUUCAAGGGAAUCUGUUGUCAUGGAGCUCUUCUGCGAAUUAUGUGAAAUUGAGAGCAAGGAAUACGAUUGUUGUUAAGGGGCUGCCACAGAAGAGAAAUGCAACCAUUAAGUGUGCCACCAUGGAAGAAAUAGAGGCGGAGAAAUUUCUAAUUGAAAAGAAUGCUAGAGAGAGGAUGGAGAAGGCCAUCGAUAGUGUGCUAUCGAAUUUCAAUUCUAUAAGAACGGGUCGAUCAAAUCCCGCAAUGCUUGAUAAAGUCGAGGUGGAGUACUAUGGUUCACCUGUCAAUUUGAAGACCAUAGCGCAAAUCAGCACUCCUGAUUCGAGCUCUCUAUUAAUUCAGCCUUACGACAAAUCUAGCUUAAAGGCUAUCGAGAAGGCCAUAGUCAACUCCGAUCUUGGUUUGACUCCGAGUAACGAUGGUGAAAUGAUACGAUUAUCCAUUCCACAGCUCACAUCGGACAGGAGAAAGGAACUGUCAAAAAUUGUUUCGAAGCAGGCUGAGGAAGGGAAAGUAGCAAUCAGAAACAUAAGAAGAGAUGCGAUUAAAUCGUAUGAUAAACUUGAAAAGGAGAAAAAACUCUCGGAAGACAACGUAAAGGAUUUAUCGGUUGAUUUGCAGAAAGUGACUGAUGAAUACAUGAAAAAGAUCGACACCAUCUUCAAACAGAAGGAGAAGGAACUGCUGACGGUGUGAUAACAAUUUGAGUUAGGUUUAUAUAAGAGCGAGCUACUUCUAUCGAUCUAAAAUGGUAAGUCUGACCUUCCGAAUGAAGUUUAUCAACAUGUAAUUUUUGUAAUCUUUUUGCACCGAUUGUUCGAUACAUUUUGGGUAAUCGAAGAAUUCAAAGAACACCCAAACAUUUUCUCCUUUUUCAGUAUGGUUGUGGUGGAAUGUAAUGCUGAUUAGGGGUGUUCAGUGGUUGAAAUCUAAUGGAUUACAUUUGAUCGAAUCCAA